UCUGGACUUCCCUGGGCAAACGUAGGAAGCCUAGAGCGCCCUCUAGGCCGCGCUCCUCACGUCCACCUUUCCUGUCUUACCCGGAAGUGGUACCGAGGGGAGCGCGGGAGCGACGGUUGAGGCGAGAGAGCAGGUGAGCGGCUCGGAGGGCGGGAAAGGGAGCGGGGGCGGCCAGGGGGUGCCGGCGGUGAGGGGGGCGGGUGAAGCCCCUCAGGUUUGGGGGAGGCUGGCGGCUGCCUGGGUGGUAAUAAGAACCAUAAGCGAGUGGCCAUGAGGCGCCGCAGCCGCCGCCUUUCCCUCCAUCCGCCCUCUUCACUGGAGGCGUAUUAAUGGAGCCUCUUUAAUCCCACAAACAUUACACCCCAGAAACUUCAUGCUGAGCAGUUUGAGCUUCUCUCUCCUCCCACCGUCCUCUCCAUGUAUUUAUCUUUUUCAUGAUGGUGUCGGCCUACCUUCCAGGGAUGUUGUUUGGCUUAUUCGUUUUAGGCCUCUCCUUUUUGCUUAAGGGCGGUUUCACAGAGAGCGAGAAAGACUCCAGGAUUAACAGAAGGAAUUGCAGUAAAACAGCUGAAGGGAAGUUUGUUUUUAAACUUUUUUUUAAAAAAAGUUUGAAAAUCACUCCCCCAAGAUGUUUGUUUUAAUGUUCGCUUCCAGAAGGGGGAUUCCUGCUCCAAUAACUCCUAAGUGAAGAUGUCAAAGCAGUUACUGCUUUUUAAAAAAGAGGGGCUGGGUUUGCCCCUGAUGGAUAAGCAAUGUGGGUUUUCGGGGAGAGAAAUGUUAAAAUGGGCGAAGAGGGGAUUACUCAAUCCCUCAGAUUAUGGGGAACUGAUUUGACCUUUGUCGUAGUUACCAAACACAAUUCGGGAAGUACAGCGUGUUGACUUUGUAUGGUAUGUAAAAAUAGCUCCCAUUUUCUCCAUGAACAAUCAGGCAAUAUCUGGGGAGAAAGUUCAACCAAUCACAUUCACAAAUCAGUCCUGAGUGUAGUUAGUGGGCUGAAAACUGCAUUCUUAAGCAUUUUUUAAAAAAGGAAGGAGUCCCAGUGAACAGUGAAUCCUAUGGUACUCAGAAGUAAGUCAAUAGGAAUUCAAUUGAGCUUACACCCAGAUAAAUGGAUUAAUGGGGCUUAACACUGAAAGCCUUACAGUACUUGGAAAUGAUUUGUUGGAACAUUUUCAAAUGUUUUGGGACGUAAUAUUAAGACAUAACAAUGUAACAUUGUUUCAAGCCCUCCCAAAGAAACUGACUGGCUUGAAUGAGAUUUGUAGUUGUUCUGCCUUAGUUGCUGUUGGGAAUAGAAAGACAGUUAAGACUUGGGAGGUAGUGCCCGUCAGUUCCUCUGUGCUGAGCUACCUGAGAUUUUCCUUAAUUCAUUGUGUCUUGUUUCAGCCUUCCCAUCUCUGGCUUAGGUUGCCUCAUCUUCCCCAAGUAUUUGGAAACAGAGUGUUUGGGUGUGGUAGACUUUUUCCAUGGGGAUUGUUGCUAGUGAAAUCAGGAAGGUGGGAGGAGAAGGUGAGGCAAAGUGGUGCAGGCACCUACACUCUUCCCAAGCAGGCUGCUUGACUUGGCUCUUCACCCCUCACCCAAGUGUUCCCACCACCUGCCCUCCCCACAGUUGGAAUAAUAUUUUUUUUUUUGGUAUUGUAUUGUAAACUGCCCUGUGAUCUUCAGAUGAAGGGCGGUAUAGAAAUUUGAUUUAACAAUAAUAAUAAUAAUCUAUACUCACAUUUGUUGAUUGGUUUUCUCACAUAAAUUUAGCUUUGGGGUCUCUGCUCUGAAGCAGCAAACAGUCUGCUAUUGAGUGCUAACUUAGAGCUCUGACCUUAGUAGGUGGGUUUAUUUUCAUCCUAAACCUGUAAUGAUAAGAAAUAGCCUUUUUUACUAUUAUUUGGAAGAUGAAGUAAGAACUUUGGCAUUAGGAUUCCAGCCUCAGUGAACCAAAGCAACCUAAUGCUGGAGAGAGAGGAGGGGUUAGGACAGGUAUAGGUAGCCAACAGUCCCUCAGAAGUUGUUGAGCUACAACUCUCAUCAUCCUUACCUACCGGCCAUGCUAUCUGGGGCUGGUGGAGUUGGAAGCCUUAACAUCUGGAGGACCAAUUAUUCUCCAUGCCUAGGUCAGGAGAGGAGCACUACAGUGGUACCUCGGGUUACGAACUUAAUUCGUUCUGGAGGUCUCUUAACCCGAAACCGUUCUUAACCUGAGGCGCGCUUUCGCUAAUGGGGCCUUCUGCUGCUGCCGCCGCACACAUGGGUGUGCAAUUUACGUUCUCAUUCUAGGGCAAAGUUCUCAACCCGAGGUACUACUUCCAGAUUAGCGGAGUUUGUAACCUGAAGUGUUUGUAACCCAAAGCAUUUGUAACCUGAGGUACCACUGUACUAGCUUUCUUGACUGCAGCAGAAGACUAGCAUUCAUCUGAAUGAGUGAGAGGCUACCUCUGGUGUUCCUUCCACCAGCAAUAGAACCAAGAGGAUUCUGUGGAGGUGAGGUAGAAUGUGAAAGUGCUUGGAUCUCCUGAAUCCUAGGCUAGUUUCUUUCCUGAAGAGCAGCCCAACAUAGGUCCUGUGUCAUCCUGGCAGUACUGCAACAAAAGAACUCCCUAAGCCACCUUCUGCCCUGGCUGGUGAUGGUUCUGCUGUUCCAGUUAGCCCCAGGUGCCAGUGAGGAAUCAAAGGAGACCAAGCCCCACCUCAUUCCACUGAGUGUUCUUCAAUUCACUCUCUGGUAGGUGGCGCUAUUACCUUAUUUAGCUGCCUGCCCUUCAAUACCGCUUUGCCUUAUUUAGCUAUGUCAAGUAACACCUCUUGCUGCUUCCCUGGCUGUAUUCCCUUACCAGGAGGCUAUGUCAUUAUUGCAGUCAUCAGUUGGAGGCUGUGUGAACCUAGGGAGCAGUAGCAACCGCCACCCUCUGGCUGGCUGCUGUUGGAAUCAGAAACUUCCAAAGAUUGUAGCAGCUGUUAUGAAAGCUGUAAUGGCCCUAACUGAGCCCCCUCCCACUUUCCAAGUGUGAACUCUAGAACUGUCCAGUCAAACUAUACCUUUUGGCCUCUUCCCCAUCUCCCCUAAACUGGGUACAGCUAGUAGGAGCAAUGAGAUCUUGUUUUUGCAAUCUCAGGUGCAACCAUGGUUGAGAAGUGGUGCGUUGCCUCUGAUACUUGUGUUGGAAAUAGUAGCAGCGCUGCUGACUAUGCUUUAUUUUACAAAUGGUUCUUUGCAAAACACCCGCCCACAUUCUGUGUACAAUCUGAGCAGCGGUGUGCUCUGAAAACUUUUGAAUAAACAUUUUCUGCUUCUGUAACCAACUGGGAUCUGAUCUAGUAUGUCUGACUCACUUUGGUAACCAAACCCUAAAAAUUAACAUAAAAGCACUGCAUGAAUGCUUCCAAAUAAAUUGCUCAAUAGCUGGAAGGAGAUGAUUUUUUUAUUUUUAUUUAAAUUUAAUUUCCUGAUUAAAAUGUACAUAAUGAAGUAUUAAUCUGUGCUCAAAGCUUUAGUUGUAAAUUAUUUUUACUUGAUAUUUGCCUUAAGAUAUGUACAUAACACAUUAACAUAAGCUUAUGUACCAGUCCUUGCACACACAGCAAGCUGAACCUUAUAUAUUUUUGUGUGUGAUCUCAAAAAAGUUAAUUACAGCUUAAAAACUGUCCAGUUUAUAUAUUGGCUCAUUUACAUUUGAACCAUAUAUAAGUCUGGUUUGCAUUUUAUUUACUCAGGCAAACAACAAACAAGCUAUGGUUCUCGGCUUGUUUCUGACUUGGGUGUGCAUUGUUUGUUUGAAAGGAACAAGUCAUGCACUGAGUUCUCACAACACAACAAGCCAUACUCUUAUAUGUUUGUGUUGUGUGUGCCACCUGCAUAGGGGAUGGGUGAAAAGCCUUAUUCACAUUUAAACUAAGAUUUAACAUGGCAUUUGAGCCAGGUCACUGUCUUUAAAUACAUCCUCCAACUUGGACAACAAAUCUCAGCAUAAAUUUUUUUUACCACAGUAUCAAAAUAAACACUAAGUGUUGCCAAACACAUAAAUUAGCAAAAUGUACACAUUUAAUUUAUGCUACAGUUCCUAAUUUAAAUGCAUGUUUUACAAGUGGAAAAUGUUCUGUCCUGUGCCCCUGCCUCUAAGGUAUGGUGUGGCAACAUCCAUGGGCAUUCUAAAGAAAGCUACCUAAUGCUGGAGAAUUAUUGUCUAAUUCACUGCAGGCUUUCAGCUUUUUGGCCAACCAGGCAGGGGAGUAUACACUCCUAAUGCAACCAUUGACAUGGCUCACUCUGUUUCUUCCUCCCUGGAAUAGUAAACAAAUAAGCUGUAUGACAGUUGGCCAAGAAGCAUGUGGAGUUCUAGCAUCCUGUGGGUUUUCUCAGCUGCCUGGUGAUGCUACCCACCCUCUAGUUCUGACACCUCACUGAUCUCUUGAGUUCCUUUGCAGGCAGAGCUGCAGGCAACAUGACCACCAGUCAGAAGCAUCGGGACUUCGUGGCUGAGCCCAUGGGGGACAAGUCUGUUGGUACUUUAGCUGGCAUUGGAGAUGUACUUGGCAGGAAGCUGGAAGACAAAGGCUUUGACAAGGUAUCUUCUGGGACAGUGGGUCUGAAAGCAAAAUAAGUUUAUGGAAUAGGAAAUGAACUUGGGCAGAGUGAUGCUUUCUAGCCUCCAGACAAACCUCUGCUGUGGGGGGUUCACUUCAGAGGUACCAGGAGUACCCGCAGGACUACAAGAUCAGGAGAGACAUGCUCCAUUUUGAUGACUGCUGCAGCCUGCUUUUCAGGGCCUAUGCAAUGCAGCAGUCUUUUUGAAUCUCAGUAGGCCUGCGUCCAAUUAGUCUUUGUGGUAGAGUGAGUAAUAAUAAUAUUAUUAUUUAUUAUUUGUACCCCGCCCAUCUGGCCGGGUUUCCCCAGCCACUCUGGGCGGCUUCCACAAUGACCAAAAAUACACUAAUAUGUCAUACAUUAAAAACUUCCCUGAACAGGGCUGCCUUAAGAUGUCUUCUGAAUGUCAGGUAGUUGUUUAUCUAUGAGGACUUGAACCCAAGUCUUGAGUCCAAAACUCAAACUGCUGCACUGAAAGGAUAACUUCUGUGUUCCCAGAUUUUCUGUGCUUCUAGAACAGCGUUUCACAACCCUAAGCCCUCAAGAUAGUUUGGGUUACAACUCCCAUCAAACUGAGGCAGCUGUAGUCCAAAACCUCUGGAGGGCACCUGGUCGCGGAAGGGUAUUCUGGAAUUUUCAGUCUCCCAAAAGAGUCUGAUAUAGGUAGCCUCUCUCUCUCUUUUUUUUUUUUUUUACCCAAGUUGCUAAUCCUCUGUGUGCUCCCCCCCCCCCCUGCUUUCUUGAACCCAGGCAUACGUGGUUCUGGGACAGUUCUUAGUGCUGAAGAAGGACGAGGACCUCUUCCGCGAGUGGUUGAAGGACACGUGCGGCGCCAAUGCCAAGCAAUCCAGAGACUGUUAUGGCUGCCUGAAGGAAUGGUGUGAUGCUUUCUUGUGAAUGAUGUUGGCCAAAGCCUGGUGGAUGCUGUUAGGGCUUUUGUAGUUGAAUAGAGAUUGUUCCUCCCCGUCUCUCUCAGCACCCACUUCUUAUAAACCUUCCGGCAUCUACAUGGGCUGCUGGGGGCUAUUGCUCCCAACACUGGGGUGGGGUGGGGGGGAGCCAUGACUGCCUUUUAAUGUAACCGAAUCUUUUUUCCUCCAGGGAGAGGGUUGAGAAACAUCAAAUGUUCUAAUUCGAUGCUCCAUGUAGGUCGUUUUUUACGUGGCUUUAAUUGCAAGCCCCCUCACUGUUAGGCCACCCAACUCCAGAACCAGACCUGCCUGCUAACAAUAAUGGAAGUUCCCCUACUCCCUUUGUUUGAGCUCCAGUUAGACUGAGAUUUACCUGUCAAUUCUGAAGAAAAAAGAUGUUAUUAGGCCUAUUAUUUUUGUGAUUUCUCUCCAGUGUUUGAUCCCUGCUAUAAUUUUUAUGCUACUCGGUUUAUUGGCAAGAACCAAAAAUCAUUGCAAAGUUUUUAAAUCAAUAAAAAUCAGCUGUGUUAAC